AUGCUCCUUCCGCUCGGGGAAAGGCCGCUUCCGGUGUGCUUUCAUUGCGUUCUGCCGAGCGUAAUGGCCGCGCAGCGAACCCUGCGCGUCCUGUGCCUGGCGGGCUUCCGGCAAAGCGAGCGGGGCUUCCGCGAGAAGACCGGAGCGCUGAGGAAGGCGCUUCGGGGCUGCGCCGAGCUCGUAUGCCUCAGUGGCCCGCACCCGGUCCCGGACGCCCCGGGCCCCGAGGGCGCCAGAUCAGAUUUCGGGUCCUGCCCUCCGGAGGAGCAGCCUCGAGGAUGGUGGUUUUCAGAGCAGGAGGCAGACGUUUUCUCCGCACUGGAAGAGCCCGCCGUGUGCAGGGGCCUGGAGGAAGCCCUGGGGACGGUGGCGCAGGCACUGAACAGGCUGGGGCCUUUUGACGGGCUUCUUGGUUUCAGCCAAGGGGCUGCACUGGCAGCCCUCGUGUGCGCCCUGGGCCAGGCAGGCGAUUCCCGCUUCCCCUUACCGCGGUUUGUCAUCUUGGUAUCCGGAUUCUGUCCCCGCGGCCUUGGGUUCAAGGAAUCCAUCCUGCAAAGACCCUUGUCGUUGCCUUCCCUGCAUGUUUUCGGGGACACUGACAAAGUCAUCCCCUCUCUGGAGAGUAUGCAGCUGGCUAGCCGAUUCCCUGGAGCCGUCACCCUCACCCACUCCGGUGGCCACUUCAUUCCAGCGGCUGCACCCCAGCGUCAGGCCUACCUCAAGUUCUUGGACCAGUUUGCAGAGUGAGAUCAAGAAAUGUCCCUGCUCCUACAUCCAUCCCCCUUAGGGUAGUCUCAUCAUCCGUGCCCCUCCCAGGGCUCUCCACUGCUGUUGGUGGGCUUAACCAAGACCAGUUAAGAGACAACUAUUGGCUAGGUGCUGUGGCUCACGCCUGUAAUCCCAGAACUCUGGGAGGCUGAGGCAGGCAGAUCACGACGUCAGGAGUUCGAGACUAGCCUGGCCAACCUGAUGGAACCCAGUCUCUACCAAAAAUACUUUUUUUAAAAAAUUAGUCUGGGGUGGUGGCUCACGCCUGUAAUCCCAGCCCUUUGGGAGGCCAAGGCGGGUGGAUCACGAGGUCAAAAGAUCGAGACCAUCUCUCUUUUCAUCUUGAUCAACAAGGUGAAACCCCAUCUCUACUAAAAAUACAAAAAUUAGCUGGGCAUGGUGGUGUGCGCCUGUAGUCCCAGCUACUCGGGAGGCUGAGACAGAAGAAUUGCUUGAACCCAGUAUACGGAGGUUGCAGUGAGCCGAGAUCGCGCCAUUGCAGUCCAGCCUGAGCAACAAGAGCGAAACUCUGUCUCCAAAAAAAAAAAAAAAAAAAAAAAAACCGGGUGUCACAUGCACCUGUAAUCCCAGCUUCUCCUUAAGCUGAGGCAGGAGAAUCGCUUGGACCUGGGAGGCAGAGAUUGCAGUGGGCCAAAAUCGCACCACUGCACUCCAGCCUGGGCAACAGAGCGAGGACUCAUCAAUACUCGGGACUUAGUUAUAUAAGCCCCGCCCUGUAUUGAAGAAAAGGGGAGCAUAGGCCUUAACUGACAUUGACCUUGAUUAGUGAGACUCAAACAGGAAAAUGCCUGGAGAGCCCUGGAUUAAUAGGGUGAUGUGGGAAGAGCAGAGGCUGGCACCACAGUGACUGCCACAUAAUAAAGUGGCGAUUUGGAUUUGGAGCAUCUUUUUCUGGUACACACAGAAAAACACUGUCUGAUGGAAGUCACUUUCUUGGCCACCUACGCAGUCUUGUGGGCAGCACCAAGCAGGGAGAUGUUUCCAGUUGUGAGUGCCAGGACAAGCUCCUGCACAGGCACACAUUUUAUUGCUGGAAGUUUUCAGUCCCAAGCUGAAGGAAAGGAGGCCUCAGUGGCAGUGUUAGGGAGGAAUGUACAUCUGAGAAGUUUUGGGAAGAUGUCCCCUGGCAAGGCCACGGUAAUUUUAGCCUUCCUCUAUCCAGAUCACUGGGAGGUACCAUCUCUCAAACCCUGGCUGUAUGCUCAUCUUAAACUAUGAACUUGAAGGAUGAGUUGAUGCCACACCUUGGGUGGAUGCCAAAGACAGUACAGAAUCAACAGCCUCUUUUUUUUUUUGAGAGAUGACUUUUUUUUUUUUUUGAGACGGAAUUUCGCUUUUGUUACCCAGGCGCUGGAGUGCAAUGGCGCGAUCUUGGCUCACUGCAACCUCCGCCUCCUGGGUUCAAGCAAUUUUGCCUCAGCCUCCUGAGUAGCUGGGAUUACAGGCACGUGCCACCAUGCCCAGCUAAUUUUUUGUAUUUUUAGCAGAGACGGGGUUUCACCAUGUUGACCAGGAUGGUCUCAAUCUCUUGACCUUGUGAUCCACCCGCCUUGGCCUCCCAAAGUGCUGAUAUUACAGGUGUGAGCCAUCAUGUCCGGCGAGAGACAGACUCGAUCUGUCGCCAGGCGCCCAGGCUGGAGUAUGGUGGUGCAAUCUCGGCUCACUGCAAUCUCCGCCUCCUGGGUUCAAGCAGUUCUCCUGCCUCAGCCUCCCUAGUCGUUGGGACUACAGGUGCAAAGCACCAUGCCCAGCUAAUUUUUGUAUUUUUAGUAGAGAUGGGGUUUCACCAGGUUGGCCAGGAUGGUCUCGAUAUCUUGACCUCAUGAUCCGCCCGCCUUGGCCUCCCAAAGUGGUGGGAUUGCAGGUGUGAGCCACCGUGCCCGGCCAACAGCCUCAUCUUAAAUUGACCCCAUCUUCAGGGUUUCUGAGAUUGAUGCCAUUCUUUAGUGACUACGGCCAAGGCCUAGGCAACCCAGCUGGUUUUCUUUUGGGGAGUGUAGUUUUUCUUGGAUACUUUCUUUUUUAAUCUAUUUAUUACUCUCCCCUACAAGAGCUUAACCUCUCCACUGCAGGGACCUUACCUGUCUCGUCUUCCUGCCACCUUCCUUCCUGUUUUCAGUGACCGGAAGAAAUACCUGUUCCUUUAGCAACUUAGUCUGUUCCCAGCUGAAACUCCUUAGAGAAGCAGAAGCAGCAGUCUUGGUUUGAAAACUAAGCUGGAAUAUGGACUCCUCAAAUUUCCACAAUUCAGCACCUGCCCUGAAGGAGGAGGCUCCAACUAGACCCAAACCUGGUCAGUGUUAUCUAUCCUCCCUCUCUGCCAGCCACAGUAGUCCGGACACCCAACAGUCGUUCAGGGAAACCAUGAACUUUAGGACCUGGGGGCUGGGGCGGCUGAGAAGAGGAAACUGAACACAAGCCCUGAACUGCCUCUACCUUGAGUGCCACAUGCCAGCUUUGCAGGCCGCACUGGAUAUCCUGGGUGCACGUGCCUGGCGGCACCUGAACUUCAAUGAACACCUCCUCCAGGGUCUGGGACCACUGGCCCCAUGGGGUCCCACACAGAACCACCCCACUCCUCCUCAAACGGGGCCGACAUAUUCCCAUAGCCUUCCAGCCGCAGUUGCACCAGGUGGAGCUGAGCCGGUUACUUAAUUUUUGAGAUGGAGUUUAGCUCUGUUGCCCAUGCUGAAGUGCAGUGGCAUGAUCUCAGCUGACCACAGCCUCUGCCUCCCACAUUUAAGCGAUUCUCCCACCUCAGUCUCCUGAAUAGCUGGGAUUACAGGCACAUGCCAUCACGUCCAGCUAAUUUUUGUAUUUUUAGUAGAUAGGGAUUUCACCAUAUUGGUCAGGCUGGUCUUGAACUCUAGCUCAAAUGAUCUGCCCUCCUCGGCCUCCCAAAGUGCUGGGAUUACAGGCAUGAGCCACCACACCCAGCUCUCUUAAAGACAAGGUCUGGCUCUGUCACCCAGGCUGGAGUGCAGUAGCGCAAUCGGCAGCCCUAAACCAUCCUCCCAUCUCAGUCUCCCGAGUAGCUGGGGCUAUAGGCGCGCAUUACCAAGCCCAGCUAAUGUAUUUUUUGUAGAGACGGGGUUUGACCAUGUGCAUGAUGGUCUUGAACUUGGAAGCUCAAGCAAUCCACCUGCCCAGCCUCUCGAAGUGCUGGAAUUAUAGGUGUCAGCCACCUCACCUGGCCAAUUGCCACCUUUAAUGAUUUCCCUCCUACUGCCAGUACCACCUGAGAACCCCCUCCCCCCAUCAGCGCGCACGCGCGCACACACUGCUUUCUGACUUCUUUCCUGCCUCUGCAAGACAAGACGCCUGUUCUUUUUCUGGAAGAUCACACCAACUCCUAUCUAGCCAUCAGACAUAGCUGUCAAGGAGCUAAGCGACGGAGCAGGAACUGUGGUUAGGGGAUACAGCACAAAUCCUCUGGCACCUUUUUACUGACAACCAGACUGAUAUCCCUUAAGUUACCCAAAGUUCUAGGUUCCUCGAUACAGAGAGAAGCUGACCAAGAUUUAAAAAAAACAAAAACAGGAAUUAUCCCCCCAGA